AUGGCGCUGAUGGGUGUCGUUGGAAUGGUUGUGGGGGCCGUCUUUGGUGCUGCUGGAGCCCUGUGGUUUGUCCAGAGGAAGGGAAGACAGAAUCAGAGGCACUUUGCAAACCGAAAAGAUGGUGAUGUGCCCCAAAGGGCUUUGGCAUCUCCUCGGGGAGCCUCGGUCGUGUCUCCCAGGGAUGACCCCAGUGCCUACGCACCGAUGGGCAAAUACAAACAGCACCUGGCAAACAGUGCAGAGUUCUCUAGCUAUGGCACCAUGAAAUUCGUUACCGGGACAGGCAAUGCCAGUCCAAAAUCUUUGCACACGCCGUGCUCUGCGGAAUUACAAACGCCCAGCCAACACCACUCGCUGGGGUCAUGGCGCCACCACAGUCACAGCGAUGGACGAUCUUCAGACAUUGAGCUGAUGGGUCAGGACUUCUCUGGGGGAAAUAGGAGCAAUGGCAAUGGGAGGUCAGAAGAGGGUCACCGCCAAGGAAUGGAGGUUUGGCCACGAUGGCAAACCCCCAGGGUGGCAUCGAGCCCACACGAGGAUGGGGAGAAGCACAGGCACAGGCCAAACGGCCGCGGUACAGCUGAGCGCACAGAGGCAUCAUCGGGGCGGUUGGAUGCACCGGCGGUUGUCGCCGAUGCUCCUGCCUCAAGGAGGUCUGCGGCGGGGCCUGUGAAACUAGAGAGGCAGUACGAGCUGGAGGAGCUGGAGCCUCAGUGGCAU